AUGCUACUCACCGAUUUCCCAGCACAAAUGUCGACCACCAGUGCCCAUCUCAGCACCACCUUGACAGUCACUGACUUUGUUCGAUUUAUCAACUUAGCGUCGGAGGUUCACCAUAAUGCAGGAAUUGCAUUGCGUCUCUCACCCCACCGACCAACGGUACUACCUUUCCUCACAAACGCCCUUGCUCCCAAGUUUCCAGAACACUUAAUCAAAGAUCUAUGGACUUUAACUUUUCCAAUAUUUCCCUCGGCACGCUUUGAUGUAAAAGCGGCCAUCCGCAAGUCUGGUCUUCAAUUCAAGCUCCCUGAACAUUUUCUACGCCCGCCCGUCAAUCAAUGUAUCGUUUGUCCACCUUCACCAAAUUUACACGUCCACACCCGCCUGAAUGGGUACCUCUAUGACACCGACAGGGUUCACUCAGUUCAGACGGUAAUCCUUGAUUGCCCAGGACGUGAUGUGAACAUUCUACAUGUUCACUGUCACUAUUACAUCACCGACCGGUUAGCCCACCUUUUCCGUGUAAUUCAAAUGUUGGCCCAUGUCUCCCACUUUAACCUAACGAAUUGGUACAAUGAAAUCUAUGUCAAAGACAUAGAUGAUGUGCCACAUUUUGAUGAGGUGUAUACGCCGGCUAUGUCAGAGGCCGUGUGCCUAGACGCCCUUGAACUACGCGACCUUCUGGCCCACGAAGAUCGCAGGCGAAAUCAACUUCUCCUUCCCGCCACCGGAACCGAUGAUCUUCGAUUUGACGAGGCGAUUGCCUCUCAUCUGGAACGGCUGGACGUGGAAGGGACCAGCUUCCGCGAUCACUAUUGCAGUAGUUGUGUUCGGGUCAAAUCGGGUGGCCUGGAUCCAGAUACCGGCGAACCUCUUUUUUAUGCGGUCGUCACCGACGGACUCACUAUUGGCCACUGGCGUUGCAGUGCAACGCCAGACCAACUCGAGGAGAUUGCUAUAGAAUCUGGACUUCCGCGGCCUGAAGGGCCUUGCACAAAGCCGCUCAACAACAUAAACAAUCGAUUCUGUUCCCUUCACCACUCACUGCUGGGCUCUCGUUGUCAUGUACAACCUUGCAAAAAAAACACGAUGCCAGAUUCGAAAACAUGUGACGAGACUGCCCACAUACAAGCGUGGGCUAAGUUCACCAAUCGUGUAAAAUCGAAUUUUUCCCUGACUGCGAUUCUCAAUCGACCUGGAUCCAACCUGCCUUCCGAUCCGACCGUGCACCUCGACGCCGAGACCGGAGAAUUUAACGACCUCGAAGGUUUGCGCCAAGCUGAUGAGGCGAACCGCGCCCACAAGAGCGCCCGUGAUGGUGGUGAAUCGAAAGCUAAGGGGAAACUGGUAGUAUCCCGGUGUCGGACACACAAUGAUCAACUAGUUGUUGGUUGUUGUGGCAUUGUUUUGGCCAGAAAGACCUUCUACCACUCAGAGUCAGUCAGUGCUGUCAAGUGUUUUUUGGAAGAUACUUUUCCUCAAGGGAUGCCUGAAGUUGUUUUUUACGACAACGCAUGCCGUCUCACAGAGCACAUAUACCACGGAGACGGGGAUUCAAUACGAUUUCAAGGCACGGUGAUUCCGGUCGACCCAUUCCACCAUUGCUCCCAUGCCGAGAGCAAUGAGUUUUGCAAGAUGUUCACCGACCCAAAGCUCUUCCCCGAUAUACAAGAAGAUGGACGAUGGGUGUUCAAUGCUUCCGCUGCAGAACUCACAAAUAUUUGGUACGGUGGGUUCGCGAGGAUGUGUCGUAACAUGCACUCCCUUAGAUACAAUUUCUUUUUGGAGCAGAUGGUACACUUGAGGAAUGUAUGGCUCACAAAAAAAUUGAACAAGCGCAAGGGAAUGAUGUUCAUGGGUAAUGGAUACAUUUAA